AUGCUCUCCCUGCCGCACGUUGGGGUUCACCCCGGGGAGCUCCGGGAGCCGGCCCAGCCCGGCCCGGCCGCCAUGGAGCCCACAGCAGCGGCGCAGCUGCCAGCGGUGGGCCACAGGCUGACCGGCCACGGCGCCCCAAAGGGCCGGGAGAGCGGCACCAGCGAGCAGGAGCUGAAGGCCAUGCUGCAGGAGCUGGUCAUCUACGGCAUAUUCCUUACAGACCUCUGUAUACUGGCCGUUGGCAUGGUGAGCAUAGACAUGUACCACCUGAACACAGUCAUGUCCCAUCUCUUCAUGGAGCCCGCUGGGGGCCAGGAUGGUUUUGGGACCAUUCGGAGCAAAGCUGACUUCUGGAAGUUUGCACAGGGACCACUGUUGGAUGGACUCUACUGGGACAAAUGGUACAACAACAAAACGUUACCCUUCCAGAACUACAGCCAUAUUUACUAUGAGAACUUACUGUUAGGAGCAGUCCAGGUUCGCCAGCUGAAAGUGCACAACAACACAUGCUUCAUCUACCCCUAUUUCCAUAGCUUUUUAGAUGACUGUUAUAGUGAGUACAGCCGUCAAGCUGAAGACAGGUCUGACGAUGCUCUAAGGAAUGAAUCUGAAUGGAAAUACACCCCAGCUGAUUCGUUUACCCCAUGGUACUUUGGAAGUAUGGGCUUGUACAGUGGUGGAGGGUAUUUGUUCACCUUACCUAAAUUGAAGCAGGAGAGCAUAGAGAAGUUGGCAUCUCUGAAGCAGAAUAACUGGCUCACUAGAGGAACCAGAGUUGUAUUUAUCGACUUCUCAACAUACAAUGCUAACCUAAACCUCUUCUGUAUAGUGAGGUUGGUGGUAGAGUUCCCUGCCACCGGUGGUGCUUUCACCUCUAUACAUAUCUACUCUGUGAAGCUCCUCAGAUACAUCACACGUUAUGAUUACUUUGUGGCUUCUUGUGAAAUCAUCUUUUGCCUCUUCAUCAUUACAUUUAUAAUCCAGGAAGCUAUAAAAAUAGUGAAACUGAAAAGGGAAUAUUUCAGAAGUGGUUGGAGCUGGCUGGAUUUGAUGCUGCUGAUGGUAUCCAGCCUUGCCAUCAUCUUCAAUAUUUACAGCACCGUAAAAGUGUUCCUGCUAAUGGACGAGCUGCUGUCUGAUGCCAAUGUAUAUCCAGACUUCUAUUUCCUUACAUUCUGGCAAGUCCUUUACAACAAUAUGAUUGCUGUCAACAUUUUAUUUGCCUGGAUGAAGGUACUUAAAUAUAUAAGGUUUAACAAAACAAUGGAGCAGCUGUCCUCCACUUUAUCUCGCUGUGCCAAAGACAUCAUUGGUUUUGCCAUCAUAUUCUUCAUCGUCUUCUGUGCCUAUGCCCAGUUUGGCUAUCUGGUCUUUGGGUCACACAUUGAAGAGUUUUCCACAUUCCAGAAAUGCAUCUUCACACAGUUCCGUAUUGUGCUGGGAGAUUUUGAGUAUGAAAACACAGAAGCAGUAAACAGAAUCCUUGGACCCAUUUACUUCAUCUCAUUCGUAUUCUUUGUGUUCUUCAUAUUGCUGAACAUGUUUUUGGCCAUUAUAAAUAACACCUAUUCAGAAGUCAAAGCAGACUAUGAUGUGAUGCCCAGUCACAAACUCCCAAUCAGAGACCUCUUUAGACAUUGUUGUGAUAAUGCCCUUAUCAAGCUCAAGCUGAAGAAACCUGAGGAAGACACACAACCAGAAGCAGAGAAGUUGGAAAGCAAGGAAUUACCAUCCACUAGAAAGAAGCAUGUUUCUAAGAGAGAAAAGAGCCCUUGGAAGGUAUCAGAGCUACAGGCAAAGACAGAAAGGCAUCAGAUGAUUUAUCUGUCUGCUCAGAACAUGGCCUCGGGCCCAGCUCAGGGCUAUGUCACCAUUGCAGAUUUUCAGCAGCUCGUGAAUUACACAGCUGAACUGGGGAAGGAACUCAACACCACCAAUGCAAGACUCAGGAGGAUCAUAAGAAACAUGCAACAUCAGGAUGCUGCAGGCAAGCCAACACACUGA